ACAUACAUCUAGUCAAUUUGACAGCGGUUUGUGUUAGCAAACGUUUGGUUGCCGUGUUGUCUAGGAAAAGAAAUUUCUUGUGCAGAUGCACACAUUCGAAACAGCAGUAAAGUUAGUAAAAGAACAAUAACGGAAUCUGUGAAACACUCAGUGAUUGACAAACAUUGUGUUCGGAAAUGUGUUCUAUGCCAAUGCUGAAUGGCUCGCCUUCGGUCGUUAACCGUUUCGAGCGGAGAAAUCGGUUCUGAGGGAAAAAAUGUGUACGAUUUUUGCUGUACAUGUGUGGCAAUUUGAACGAUUCAAAUUCUCCGAUUAGGAAUGAGAAAGAUGAUCUAUAGCCAAGAUUUGAUGUGUGUUCGCCACUGCAAUCAAACGAUAUUCUCAUACGAUAUUUUAACCCAGUGCCCGUUGUGUGGCAAAUCUGUGGGUGAAAAUCUGGACAGCACACCGAUCACACUACCUUGUCCAUUUGUCAGAGCAUGCCAAUAUCCAUGCUCCAUUGUACUGCGACCUUCCGUGGGAGACUUCCUAAGCUCCUUUCAAAACCAAACCAAUCUCCACAUUGGGUUAACAUCCUCCAACGGCACCAUAGUAGAAUUCGACGUUAACGGUUUAACAAAAAUACCACCCAAAAGUAAUAAACUCCUCACAGACGAUUGGGACCAGUGCCUUGUGAUUGCUAGCGUACCUGAAUCGUGGCAUGAUCGUUGGGAUGAGGUUUUGGAGAAGAUUUCAUGCGAUCCUUCGUGGAGUAGAGAAAUGUAUCAAGAGAAUACCCAUAACUGCUACGCUUUUGUAUUAAGCUUCCUCAGUGGGCUAGAGUAUGGGGAAUUCUACCAUUUCUGUCAUGACAAAUUGUCGUUCAGUAAGCAGAUCAUUGCUGCGAAGACGCAGAGUGCCGCUAAAUACAUUACCAUUCAUCGUAAGCUUCAAACACGGCACUAUUUCAUCGAAGAACAAUGAUAGCAAUGAUGAUGAUCUUAUGAGCCUAAGCCGGUUCCAGGAACUUGUACAUCUUGGCGUUCAUAUGGACCAGCCUCUACAUGCAAGAGUGGACUAUUAGCUAGUCAAGCCAAGCAAUAGAUUUUAUGACUGGCUGUGUGACUGUGACUGACUGUGUUAUUUCAGCAUUUCAUUACUUUAAACAUUAGCUACAGCAUAACUGAAAGAUUAGAAAUGUUAAGAAUCUCAAAUUUGCGUACACAAUGCGCCUCAAGCAACAGUUUUCGUUGCUCGUUGUUCUCCUUGCAUAGCUAUACAAUCGUUGCUAUAAUAUUUCCCAACAUUUUCAUCAACUGCCGUUUCAAAUUUUUACGGUUUCGUUGCUCUUUAUUUUGGAUUUAAAAGAAUAAAAUAGAUUUUACAGAUGAAGCCUACAUUAAAUAAUUGGUUAUUAAGUUAUAUUAUAAAAGUUUGUAGAUAAAUUUAGGAUCUUUUAAUGUAAUUUUCCAUUUUUCGCUUUGUCCAUAAUAAGUGCGACAUACCCAGUGUGCAUGGUCAAAAAUGCUCGAAUGAAGAAUCUUAAUGCACAGCUACACCGACAACGAAUUCCUUAUUUUCUUCAAAUGUGGUUUGAUUAAUUGUGAGAGUGACACGAUAUUUUAACGAUAUAAUUGUAGAUGAAACAAUGAACCAUCUUUUUUUUUAUUGAUUGGUUACUUUUGUCUUGCUGUUCUUUGAUAAAUGAAAGAAAGUAUUGUAUUUGCACGCACGAUGCUGUUUGCGCUGGUGAUAAUUCUGCUCGUGUAAACAGGCCUUAAAGUUCGAGCAGCUGCUCGACUGGUUUGCUGGGUGUGUGAGUGCGUGAGAGAAUUCAGUCGUCAUAAUUUUCUUCGCAAAGAUCCAAUUUUUUCAUUACCAAUUUUUGCUACAAUUUACCAUCGUGACGAAAAGAAAA